AUGGGCCGACCUGAAUGUGCUGGACUGUGUCAAACAAAGCCUUGUGCAGGAUCAGGUGCGCAUGUGGAUGGCGCACAUUCGUCGCGGGCGCGGCCUGCUCAACAAUGCAAGCACGACAAAUCUUCCGCCCGAGUUGUUUCGCCUGAUUUCCGUCUUUUUGGAUCCGUUUGCAGACGUCCUGAAGGCGCCCACGUACUACGCAGCGCUAGCCAUUCGGCGCCGGUACCGAGACCUGGAGAAGUUGUUGGAUACCGGGCUGCAGUAUACCCUCGACCGAUUGGCAGAGGAUCCGGACGACAAUAUUGA